CUAACUCCAGUUAUCUAAGCUGAGGUUACUCCAUCCUCAAUAUUCCAUAUAUCCUUUUCUGCAAAUUAUAUUCAGAGUGAUCACAAACCCAUUUCUGCAAAAUCUAUGGCUCAUUUACUAGGAGGAUUAGCUACUCCCUUUCUCUGCAAACCCAUUAAUGCUUCUUCUUCUUUCAACAACAAUUACACUUCCGCUUCCGCUUCCGCUUCCUCUCUCCACGCGCUUGAUUCUCUGUACAUCAAACGUGCUGCCGAGCUAGCUGACAAAUCGGCGGGAUUCACCGCUCCUCAUCCUAACUUCGGCUGCGUAAUCGCCCAUCCCAAUAAUGGUGGAGGUACGGUGGUCGGAGAAGGUUACUUAUACGCCGAAGGGACAAUUCCGGCGGAGGUGCAGGCUGUUGAAGCCGCCGUCGAGCGGUGUCGAGGUGCCACUGCUUAUCUCAAUAUGGAACCUGGAGACUGUCACAGCAAUAGCAGUGCAGUCUCUGCCCUGAUCAAGGCAGGAAUUAGUAGAGUUGUUAUUGGAAUACGGAAUCCGUUGCAACACCUUCGUGGCAAUGCCAUUCACGCGUUGAGAAGUGAAGGCCUUCAAGUUGAUGUGCUUGGGGAAGAUACACAGAAUAAGAUUAUUGAGGACGCUGUGAAAUCCUGCCUUUUUGUCAAUGCUCCUUUGCUCUAUAGAGCUGCGUGUCAAGUACCGUUCUCUGUUCUCAAGUAUGCAAUGACACUUGAUGGGAAAAUUUCUGCUAGUAGUGGUCAUGCAUCAUGGAUCAGUAGCAAAAAGUCAAGAACUCGUGUUUUUGAAAUGAGGGGUAGAAGUGAUGCUGUUAUUGUUGGAGGAAAUACUGUGCGCAGAGACAAUCCACGUUUGACGGUUAGACAUGGUGGCAGCCAUCUUCCCCGACGUAUUGUAUUAUCUCAAACUCUUGAUCUUCCAGAAGAAGCACAUAUUUGGAAUGUUUCUGAGGUCCCCACUAUAGUUGCUACACAAAGAGGUGCAAGGAGGAGUUUUCAAAAAUUGCUUGCAUCCAAAGGCGUUGAAGUGGUUGAAUUUGAUAUUUUAGAUCCUAGAGAUGUUAUGGGGUAUUUAUAUGAUCGUGGUUACCUCUCAAUUCUGUGGGAGUGUGGAGGGACACUGGCUGCAUCUGCUAUUUCUUCUGGGGUCAUACACAAGGUACAUGCAUUUGUUGCUCCCAAAAUUAUAGGUGGGAAGAAUGCACCGUCUCCAGUCGGUGAACUUGGAAUGGUAGAGAUGACCCAGGCUCUGGAACUAAUUGAUGUUUGCUAUGAGCAGGUUGGACCCGACAUACUUGUUAGUGGGUUUCUUCAGCCAGUUCCUGAUCUGACACCUACUAUUCCAUCGGUAGAAGAAACUUCGGCCAUUGAUCCUACCAUUUCUCCUUAUGAAUCAAGCAUCAUAUUCUUUUACAAGACAUGGGAUCCAUAUGGUGGCUUCUCAAACUUCUCUCUCCAUCCAUUUCAAAUGCCUAAUGAAAAUGGAGAACUUGUCACCUGGUCCAGUGUAGAGCAUUAUUACCAGGCACAAAAGUUUGUUGGGGCAUCUGAUCCUGUAGCUAAGAGCUGCAUGGAAGAAAUACAAUGUGCAAAGAGCCCUGAGGAAGCAGCACGAAUAGGAAGGAGAAUACAGAGGCAGCAACCUAAUCUG